CCCAACGCACAACCAACCACAUCACAAUCGAUUUCAUCAGUUCAGGCGAAAAAAAAGAUGACUUUCUCAGUUCAGGCUACAUCACAGCCGGUUCGGUCAACUCAGGCUGCAUCACAGUCUAUUUCCUCAAAUCAGGCUGUAUCACAUUCGACUUCAUCAAGUCAGGCCGAAUCACAACCGAAAUCAUUUAAGAAGCGUGUGGUUGGACGUGAGUCUACGGAGUAUUGGACCGUAGAAGCAAUAGAUUCAGAAGGAAACAAAAAGAAACUCAAAGUGAAAGUCAAAGAAGUGCUAAAUUUAUCUGGAGAAGAUCGUAUUGUGGUCAAUUUUGACUACCUGGAUUGUCCAUUUGGAGAAGCACAACCCCUUCUUUCUGGUUUUUGUGGAAUUUUAGCUGCUGAUUCGUCCUUAUUUCCAAUGCACUUUGACAAAUGGCCAAAUAUGCCUAUGUCAUACUUCGAUAGCGUCUUUGAUCAAAUCAUAGUGCCUCGAUUUUUUUUUGAGACAACCAACUUAGCUGCUCGACGAUAUGUUUAUAACUGUAUUUCAAAGAAGUGGAGUGCAAAUAGGUUGGACAUAUGGAAAGUGUUCAGUGAUCCACUUAAAAGCAAAACUCAGAUUAUGGAUAAUGUUCCACCUGGAAUUCCAAGAGAUCAGUGGACUUCUUAUGUUAAUUAUCGUUAUAAAAAAGAAACACAGGAAAUGUGCAACAGAAAUGCUGAAAGUCGAAAGAAACAAAUCAUUCCACACACAGGUGGAUCCAAAGCUAACUCUAGAAGAAGGGCUGAAAUGAUGGCUGAGACCGGUCAAAUGCCUGGGCGAGCAGAACUUUAUCUUGCUACUCAUAAGAAUGUAGAUGGAGCAUAUGUAAAUGAAGCGGCAAAAGUUAUCUGUGAAAAAAUUCAGCAAACUCUGAGUCAAAGCACUGUGGAUGAGUCUAUAAUAUCGCCAGAUGAUGCAGUUGGAAAAAUUCUAGGAAAAGAGCACUCUGGAAGGGUAAGGUGUUUGGGAUUAGGAGUUGUUCCCACUAGAGUUUUUAAACAAGCAAGACCUCGAUUCAGCGGUAUGAAUGCUUCGAGUGUUUCAUGUCCAUCCAAUUGCCAGGAGAACUACAAUAAAUUGUUGAAUUCUCACAUUCAAAUGAUGGCUGCUUUCAAGUCAUAUAUGAUAAUGAAAGAAGGGGCAUUACCAGAACAAUUUGUGGGGUUAUUUGCUCCUACUACUACAAUGCCAGGUGAUGUUAGUGAUAGUAAUCAUAGUGAACCCCGCUGA